AUCCGGGACGUCUUUGAUAAUUCACUCCGUCAUCUUGUUCAGUACUAAUAUCCAUAGAUAUGGCCUUCUGUGUAGCCACUUCACAUGCGGACGUGGUUGGGUGCGGCGUCGGUACGGAUAGUAGCGGUUACGGGCCAAGCCAUCCGACCGUCUUCCUUGCCCGCUCUUCCACAUCCGAGCCGAGAGCUCGAUAAGCAUAUAAGGUGGGCCUCGUUGUGCUAGAAGAACUUCUAUCUUUUGCAUUUAAACCAUCUCUCACCAAUCGACCGAGCCAAUUUUCGAACCCUCCUGCUGCCUCGUGUAAACCGGCUUUUACACGCGCCACUCAUCCUCGUGCCUUUGUUCACCAAUCACAUAUAAACAUCUUCAGUGACUGGUCACUGCCACAAACUCCUUUAUAUCCCCCACAUUCUCCUGUAGUCUGCGACUCAGGAUCUGCACUACCCAUUCUAGUAUCUUCACUUAUUGCAAUGGCCACCACCGCCGUUCUUUCUCCUACCAUCCCUGCUCCUCCUGUGUACACUCCUAUCGAGAAGUACCCUUCGAGCCCUAUUCUCAGUUUCCCUCCCCCCAUGCCACCCUCCACGUCUCGCAGUCUUCGUGAGCGAUGCGGAGUCAACCUUCGGGUUUCGAUCAACAGCAAUAAUGGCAUUCUCGCUGGGGGUCCGUGGUCGCCCAAGAUCCAUGUCCAACCUCAUCGUAGCAACCUCCCUCGUAGACGUAAAGUCACGAAACGUUUUGCUCUAAAGAACGUUGAUGACGAUGAGGUGACCAAUGAGAAAGAGAAGGAAGUCAUUAUUGACCUUACGGCGGAAACGAGCGCUGAACCAACGGUUGUGGAACCGGAAGUUCAAUCUCAGGAGAGCCAUAUCCAGGAGCUCAUUCCGGGUCUUUAUAUUGCCUUCAGCGAUGGCGACCCCAACGCUACCCAACCUGGUGCCACGGAUGUGAAACCUUACACACACGUAGUAAACAUCUCGUACCCGCCCAUUACAGAGGAGGGUCACCCUGGAAGUUGCGAGAAGACCUUAAUUGGUCGUACUCAAAACCUUCAUAUCAUCCUUCCUGCUUCCAGCCGUCCUGAUGGUGCACAAAGACCCGGAUUGGGUCUCACCGACAGCCAUCUUCGAUCCAUCCGUGAUUUCAUUGGAGAGGCUUUACCAUAUGCCAUGGCCUCGCAGCCAGACCAAUCGGCCAUACGCGUUCUGAUCACUACGCCCCCUGGUCGACCCACAGAUGCCAUGUGUGCAGCUGGGUGUUACCUAGCUUUCACUUCUGGCAAAGGCGUUGAGACUGUGUUACGUUAUGUGGAUGAAGAGGAGGAUUUCUUGAGUAUUUGGAAGGGUGAAGUCUCUGGUGAUGAGUUGGAUAGGACUGAGAAGAUCGCGCGGGCGUGGUCUUGGUUGUCCCAGGUUCCAGCACACCAAACGUAGCCAGUCUACGUCUGUUGUCAAUUUCCCCUGAACUGUAAUAAUAUUCUUAUUGUAUCACUCAUUUAUGCCGAUCCCAAUGAAAUAUAGUCUUAUUCAAUGC